AUGGCCGGUCACCACGAUCCUAAGUUGCUCUACGCAAUCAAGGGCAUCAAGGCAUACCACAUUCAAGAUGGCCAGGAGCACGAGCUCACCCCAUCUGGCCCACAGACGCUCUCGCUCUUGAUGGUCCCUACCAGCUCGCCUUUCGCCGACCUCAGCACCACGACUCCUCAGAACGACGCCCCUGAUGAAGACUUCUACCUCCACCUCAAUCUACCACCAGAGCUCGACCUCCCCCUACCAGCGACGACACAAAUCUACCACCAACCGCCCAGCAGCUACCUCAUUCCGCGAUGGGAUAUGGGCCCAAACGCUGGCGUCUUUACACGCAUCGAGUUUCCACAAAUAGGCUACGGCGUGACGCAGGAAGACGUUGACACCUUUGAGACCAUCUUGGCUCAGUGCACCGCCUUCUUGGAGCGCGCGAGGCCUCCGAUGCCUUCGAGACCCAGCUUCAAGGGCAAGUACGAUCCUUCCGACUACGCACCUGGAGGAAAGUACGCGGUCGAUGACAAGACCGGCAGGAAGCAUGGAGAAAUCGUGUUGAUCGAUGAAGAUGACGGAUCCGUUGUUGGAGAACUAGGAGGCGACGCACAAGUCAUCGAAGACGUCAAAUUGAAGGCGGGGUCCAAGGAUCCUGUCGAAAUUCAGGUCAGCCAGGAUGGCAAGCGCAUCGAAGUGCGUCCAGUGUCAGAGGACUAUCUGCGCAUGGCCAAGCAUCCUGCAUACAAGGACAGCAGCAUAGUCCAACGGGCUGCGACGGCUUCGCGGCUGAUUGUCACUGGCAGCUCUUACGUCGGUAACAUGAUGACCAGCGGCGCAGAGAACUUUAGCAGCAAAACCAAGCCGCUCGAUAAGCCGCUCGAGUUCUCACCUGCCGCACAUUCGCGCGUGAGGAAAGUCCACACCUUCACCAGCGGCGCCGCAGGUUUGUCGAGCAAGACUGUCGGGCAGAUUACGAACACCGUCCAGAACAUUGCCGCCAAAGCCUCGGGCCAUAAACAGGACCGAUCACACAAAGGCUAUGACGAGAAAGGUCAGCCUCUCGCCAAGGACGAGUACAAGCCAGGCUUGUUGAACAAGUCAAUGAUCGCAUUCAGUACCGUCAUGGACGGCAUUGCCACGAGCGGUAAGACUCUCCUGGAGACCAGUGGUGCAGCGGCGAGCCAUAUGGUCGGACAUCGAUACGGCGAGGAAGCGGGAUCGAUCGCUGCAGGUCUUGCUGGUGGUGUCAAGAAUGUCGGUCUCGUCUACAUCGACGUCGCCGGUGUUUCUCGCCGUGCGGUCAUCAAAUCAGUCGCUAAGGGCAUGGUCAUUGGUAAAGUCAGAGGCGGCGGCGAAAUCGUCGUUGGAGGUGGUGAUGGCGGCGUGGUCCCCGAAGAAGACAUCAAGAACGCGCAAGGCGCUCAGGGCGUGUCGAACGACAAAGGUGGCUUCCGGCCGGUACAAGAGUCGUACCAGCCUGUAGGCUUUGGGUCUUCAGCGCCACCCAAGUACCAAGAGUUUGGGCAGCCGGGCAAGCAGUGA